AUGCCUAGUGAUACUGUGGUUAAUCCAAGAGAGUACUGUAAUGCAAUCACCACUCGAAGUGGGAAGGUGAUUGAACCUCAAGAUAAGCCAGCCAAGGUAGACAAAGAAGUGCCAAAGAAGGAGGAGACACAAGAGGAGGAUACUAAGAAAGAAGAGGCUCCUAAUUAUGAUGAUGUAACUUACUUUGGAGGAGCAAUCAAUCGUAAUAAGAAAACUACAAACAAACUUCCAUCAGGAUUCAGUCAACCAAAUCCUUAUGCAAAAGCCCCAUACCCUCUUCGGCAAAAGCAAGAUAAAGAGAAGCAGCAAUACUCGAAGUUUAUGGAGAUGUUUAAAAAGCUGCAAAUUAACAUUCCAUUCUCCGAAGCUCUAGAGAACAUGCCUCUUUAUGCUAAAUUCAUGAAGGGUCUCUUGUCAAACAAACAUAAGCUCAGAGGGAUGGAAACUGUGGCUUUAACUGAAGAAAGUAGUGAUGUGAUCAAAAAGGGGUUGCCGUCUAAAGUCAAAGACCCAGGGAGAUUUAGUAUCCCUUGUACCAUCGAAAAUGUUAAAGUAGGAAGAGCUCUAUGUGAUCUGGGAGCCAGUGUCAACUUGAUGCCUCUUUCUUUUGCACGAUCUUUGGGGAUAAUGAAGAUGAAAUCUACCUUGAUGUCUCUCCAAUUUGCUGAUAGAUCCAUCAAAAGGCCGGAAGGAGUGCUAGAAGAUGUCCUUGUGGAGGUAAAUGAUUAUAUAUUUCCAGCUGAUUUUGUUGUACUUAAUAUGGAGGAAGAUGACAACAUGCCUCUCAUCUUGGAGAGACAUUCUUAG